UCCGUCCUUUGUCAGCCCUUUCCACCAUGCUCAGUCUGCUGCGCCACUGUACCCCACGCCUUCUCACGCUAAGGACGAUCCAGGGUCUCAACUCACAUUUUUACUCCACUGAAAUGGCUAAACGCGUGGCUGUGGUGCUGGCGGGCUGCGGAGUUUUUGAUGGCAGUGAAAUACACGAGGCCUCGGCUGUUUUGGUACAUCUGAGCAGAGGAGGUGCAAGUGUGAAUAUGUUUGCACCCAACAUUGACCAGAUGCAUGUGAUAAAUCACCUCAAAGGAGAACCAUCACAGGAAACCAGAAAUGUGUUAGAGGAGAGUGCCAGGCUGGCCCGUGGAAACAUCCAGGACCUGUCCAAACUGAGCGUCAAAGAUCACGAUGCCAUCAUUUUCCCAGGUGGUUUUGGUGCAGCCAAGAACCUGUGCACAUGGGCGGUGCAGGGGAAAGACUGCUCUGUGAACUCAGAGGUCCAGGCUGUGCUGCAGGCGUUUCGCACUGAGGGCAAACCAAUUGGCCUCUGCUGUAUUUCACCUGUGCUCGCUGCCAAAGUGUUUCCUGGAUGUGAAGUCACUGUUGGCAUUGAAAAGGAUCAAAAGUAUCCAAACACUGCUGAUACAGCAGCAGCUAUUAACCAGCUGGGAUGCACACAUGUGAAUAAGAGUGUCAGUGAGAGUCAUGUGGAUGAGAAGAACAAGGUGGUCACCACCUGCGCCUUCAUGUGUGACGCGCCUAUUCACGAGGUCUUCGAUGGCAUCGGCUCCAUGGUGAAGGAUGUGCUAAAACUGGCUUGAUUUGUUUUUUGGACUUAUUUGAGCAAGAUUCAUUUGUAAGCACUUAUAUGAUUACAACAGGCAUAAUCAAUCAUCACAGAUCAAAUUAAAACAUGUUUAUUUACAUAAUCAAAUCAGCUACUCUACACCGAUUGUCUCAGUAAUGUAGAUAGAAAAAACAUUGCAUGACAAUAAUGUAAAUAAAUGGUAUUAAGUUA